UUCCACCCACGAAGAGACGGUAGUAUCGCAGGAGAGCCCGAGUCGGCCAUGGCGAGGCCGAGAGCUACCACCACCGCAGCCUCCUCCAAGCCCAAGCCGAAGGCCAAGCCCAGGUCCAGGGCCAAGCCCAAGGUGGCGACGCCCAGCCCCGUCUCCCUGCUCUCCUCCGGCGUCUCCUCGCCUUCCGCGUGCCGCACGCCGUCCCCUGCCGCCGCCGCCGCCGCCGCCGAUCUCAGCUUCCGCCUCUCGCCGUCGUCCCCGCCGGCGAAACCCGGGACCAGGAACUCUUCGCCCCUCGCCGCCCCCGCUGCCACGUCCACCAUCGGAGACCUGAGGAGCCUCGCCGCGUCCCACCUCGAAUCCCUCAAGCGCCGCCUCGACGCGCUCCACGGCGACUACGUCCGCGACCUCGAGGCCUUCCACUCUCGCAUCUCCAAGCGCGUCAAGAUGCAGUCCCACGGCUGCCUGCAGCUGGCGGAGGAAGCGGACAAGGAGCAGAAGAAGAUGGCCGACAAGAUCGCCGAGCAUGCCGAGUUGGUGAAGACCUCGUACAAGAAGUUCGUGGCUGAGGUGCAGGCAUCCACAUCUCGUGUGUGCAAGGUGACCGUCCCUGAGAUGGCGAAGUCUGCGGAGAGGACUAUUGAUGGCUUGCGCAGUCGCUACAACAUCUCCGCUACACCAUCAGCUUAGCCAGCGAUUCCGGUUGUGUUCAUACCAACUGAGUGCCGUUAUCCACAUCAAUUGAGGUUAGCUUGUUGAGUUCUUCGAUCGGCUUCGCAGCAGGGACAUGCACAUAAUACAACCGUUGCACGAGUACAUGAUAUAGUUCUUUGCUACAUCUUCAUUUUUUCAGAUAUUCCGAAAAAAUGAAUAAUAGUUACUCCGAUUCCUGGAACCUGUUUUUUGCUUCGUUGCAUUUCUUGUGCAUCCCAUACGUAAGAUGCUACUGUCGAUGUACCUUCCAGGAUCAGAACAUCUAAGAUUUGAAUCAUGUCUGUUCUAGUAGUACAUUAGCUAUCUCCUGAAGCCUGAAUGAUCAGUUUGUGUAUGUAUGUCAAUUCACAACCAAAACUUCAGCUCUUGGUUUGUUCUCCUGAAGCAGCAGGGGUAAUUUCAUUUCGUACCUGCCAGUUGAUUUUCA